AUGCUUCAGCUCAGUCUCAACUUCGCUGCAGCGAGGCAGACCGCUGCCCGCUAUGCGCUGAACCGAUCCCUGCCUCGAACAUAUGCUACCAUUCGACGUUCCAACGAAACCACUGCCAGCCCGAAAGAGCUCGCCGAGAACCCCGAGAGUCAAUCUGCCAUUCUACGAGUCUAUAAGCCCCGAACACCUGGUGUGAGACAUUUGAAGCGACCUAUCAACGAUCAUCUCUGGAAGGGACGGCCUUUCCUUCCGUUAACAUUUCCCAAGAAAGGUCAGGCGAAGGGCGGACGAAAUGUGUCUGGUAGAAUCACCGUGCGACAUCGUGGUGGUGGUGUGAAGAGAAGGAUAAGAACGGUCGAUUUUGUUCGUAACCGACCAGGACCUCAUCUGGUGGAGCGUAUCGAAUAUGAUCCUGGACGAAGUGCGCACAUUGCCUUCGUUACCGAAAAAGCCACCGGACGUCACAGUUACAUUCUUGCUGCGGAUGGCCUAAGAUCUGGUGAUAUUGUUCAUAGCUAUCGCCCUGGUAUCCCCCAGGACCUUCUCGACAGUAUGGGUGGUAUCAUCGAUCCUGGUAUUCUGGCAGCUAAGACCGCUUUCCGUGGUAACUGCUUGCCCAUGCACAUGAUUCCAGUCGGCACCACUGUGUUUGCUGUCGGCUCUGCCGCCAGACGAGGUGCUGUCUUCUGCCGCAGUGCUGGAACUUCAGCUGUAGUUGUCAACAAGAACGAAGAGACCAAGGACGAUGGCACCAGGGUGAUGACCGGCAAGUAUGUUGAGGUGCGACUUCAAAGUGGUGAAGUCCGACGAGUUAGCAAGGACGCUUGUGCUACUAUCGGUGUUGCCAGCAACAUUCACCACCACUACCGCCAGUUGGGUAAGGCUGGACGAAGUCGAUGGCUCAACAUUCGACCUACAGUCCGUGGUGUUGCUAUGAACAAGGUCGACCAUCCUCACGGUGGUGGUAGAGGCAAAUCGAAGGGUAACCGACACCCUGUCUCUCCUUGGGGUGUUCCUACCAAGAGUGGUUACAAGACUCGUCGCAAGCACAACAGAAACAAGUGGGUUGUGGUGCCUCGACCUCGAAACAACGGAAAGCGCCGAGACAAGGCCAACUAA